AUGACGACGACGACGACGACGACGACGACAAUAUCCUCGCCCACCUAUCCUUCUCUCCCGGCGAAACUGGUCCUGACAUCCACCAAGGCGUACUUCUCACCGUCCCGGACCAUCGCGUACCUAGACUCGAUCCUGGACCCGGAAAACAAGAUCCUGCCUCUUCUUGCUGCGCAUCGCGAUCAGGUCCUCUUCGUCCUCAUCCCGGAUUUCUUGACCAUCUAUCCCUCCGCGCAGACUUUGACUGCCAGAUUCCCUCCCUCUGCCUCUUCCUCUUCCUCUGGAGCAGCAGCAGCAUCAGCAACAGCACCAGCAACAGCACCAACAGCACCGGCAACAGCACCAGCAACAGCACGAGCACCAGCACCAGCACCAGCCACCACGAUAUCGAAUUCCUCGUGGCCCAUCGCAUUGGGCGCCCAAAACGCGUUCCAAUCGACCACCUACGGCGCAUAUACAGGCGAAGUGGUGGCACCGGCCCUCCAAGAGCUGGGAUGCUCCGUGGUCGAGCUGAACCACGCCGAGCGCCGCCGGUUGCUGGGCGAGACCGACGAGUCCGCCGCCGCCAAAGCCGCCGCCGUCUGCGCUCUGGGCAUGGUCCCCUUGGUGUGUGUCGGCGAGGUCGAUCGACCCAGCGACAGCGCCCACGGCCCGUUGAGUCGGUCGGUCGGCCUCGCCAUCGACCAGCUGACUCCGCAGAUCGAGCCUGUCCUUCGCGCCGUGCCGCUCGAUGCUCCCGUCAUCUUCGCCUACGAGCCUGUCUGGGCCAUCGGCGCCGCUGAGCCUGCUGGCGUCGACUACGUCGGUCCUGUCGUCCAGGCCAUCCGCGAGAUUGCCAGGCGCGCCGUGCCCGGCCGCACCGCCGAGGUCAAGGUCGUCUACGGCGGCAGCGCCGGGCCCGGUCUGUGGAGCGGGAAAGCGAACGGAGGGAACGGGCUAGGCAAGUGGGUGGAUGGCUUGUUCUUGGGCAGAUUUGCCCAUCACAUCUCGGGCGUUCGUGCCGUCGUGGAAGAGGUGGUGGAGAGUUUGAGCAAGAGCUAG